CCGGAUGUAGUAUGUCGUCAUUGUAACGGUCGAAGUAGCGCCCUUUUUAAAUAAACGCUCAAGCACACUAACCACAUUACAGACAUCAACUUGGCAGACGGAACUUAAAUUUUUUCUUUAGGCCAAGAAGAGACUAUCUUAACCAACACGAUGCCGCAGACAGACAGAAUCACACGGAAGGUCACGCCAGGAGUUUCACGCCGUUUAGCGUCUUGCGUGGGACUCUCCGUGUGGCCGCAUGUCGGGCCGGGAGGCUGCGGGGACGCCGACGGCCGCUCACUGGACACCGACACCAGGCAGCUGGACGCCGACACCAGGCAGCUCAUUAGCCGCUUCCUUAGCGACUUCACCGGGCUGUCCGAGGCCAGCUGGAUCCCAAGCAGAGUGCAGACUUUGACAAGAAGGGUGGUGACAAACCUGGUGGACAAGCACAGGUUCGUCUACAAUGGCAUCAUCCAGCAGCUGUCAUUGGACCAAAGAGGUAACGACAUGGCCUUCAUCAGCGAAGUGUCCCAGAGUAUGUUUGCAGACGGCAUCACCAACUGGGGCCGCAUCGCCAGCCUGAUGGCCUUUGGAGCCGUGGUGUGUCUGCACCUGAAGGAGAAAGGAAGAGUGUGCUGUGUGGAGAUGGUGGCUCAGGAGAUCUCCUCCUACCUGCUCUCACACCAGCGCAUGUGGCUGGUGGAGCACAACUCUUGGGACGGCUUUGUGGAAUUCUUCCAGGAAGCUGAUCCAGAGUGUGCUGUGAUCAACUCCCUCCUGACCUUUGUUGGAAUGGCCGGUAUUGCUGCUGUGCUGCUCCUUUGGUUGCGGUAAACUCUUGACACUUUUAUUGCCUCAUUUGGACUUUUUACAUGAGGAAAAUAGUUUUGACAAUCCAUGUGCAACAAUGUUUGCAUUGCAAUAUUUAUUCUCAGAAUGUUUCAAAAUAACCGUUUGUUUUACAAAAGCACACCAUUGUUUAUUUUUUUUUUUCAUUUCACAUUGUUUUUGUUCGACCAAAUUCAUCCUUGCACUGAAGCUAAUUUGGUUUAAGAUUUAUUUUACAAAUGAACAGCACUUUUUAUCUGUUCAUUGCACCUUAUAUUUAUUGUUUUACAUGUAUUUGCACCGAAGCUAACUUUAUCUUUUAUUCACAGUUUGUUUCUAAUGAAUGUCUAUUUUAAAAUUGAAAUGUGCUAAAUAUUACUGUGAGUUUCCUUCUUAAUGUGAAUGAAUGAAUAAACUAUAGAAAUGAAA